AUGUCUACCAAAGAUGAUCCCGAGGUCGAUCUCGAUGAGCGCCCGCGGGAAAAGAAGAAGAGCAAGAGCAAGCGGCCGACCUCUGAAGGUGACAAGGAGCACCGCAAAUCCGGCACACGAUCCUCCCGACACAAGAAGGAGGGUGGCAGUGAAAUCUCCCACUCGCACUCUCACUCACACCGACGUCAUCGCACGCGAGAAGAGAAGGACAAGGACAGGGACAAGGAAAAAGAACGUGCUGGAUCCACGUCGGAGCUCGUGUUCGAGUUCGGCAGGUCCCAAAACGUCGCUUGCUCGAUGAGAUCGUAUUUCGGUGCCUUACCCCGUCGUUCAGCAAGGCGCACAGCAAGAGGCUGUCAGUCGAGAAGAUCUCUCGGGCUCAGCAGCCGGCAGGCGGCGAAGAGAAGGAGCGCUCCAAGUCGGCCGACUAUUCCACCACCUCCAGAUCCAAAACGAAAGGAGGCCCGUCCCCCGAGCCCACCAGAGACGGACGUCUCCGGCAAGCGGAGAUCAGGCACGCCCGACACCGCCGCCAAGGAGGCGAGGAAAGAGCGCCCUAGCUCGAGGCUGAGCGGAAUCUCGAGGUCAGCUUCGAGGAACGAGGAAAAGUCUCGUCUGAGCACCAAGUCCAAGUCUUCCAGUCAGGCGACAUACUACAAGACAGCCGCCUACAUCCCUCCUGGCGUCCAGGAAGGGUUGGCCGCGGACCGAGGCCCUUCCCGGUCAUCGUCCAAGAGGAGUGUGUCGAGCAAAAAUGGAAGGCGAUCAGACCUUGUCGACGCCGAGUCCUCGCCGGAGAGUGCCCAGGACUCAUCCCCAAAGACGCCGACCCAGACACCUCAGUUCCCCCCAUCCAUGUUCAGCGCUGAAGACAAACCUUUCACGCCGUUUCAGGACGGCGAAAUCAGACCCCCCGACACGCCAGCAACGGACUUUGGCGGUCCUCCGCCUCCGCCGCCUCCGCCUGCCGCCAGUGUGCAGGAAGCACCCAGAGUUGACUACCUGCUUCGGAACGGCGGUCUUCCCUACGCCUUGCCGAAGAACUUUCUCGCCGUUCUGCCCCGACAGAACGGUACACGCCCUUCGAACCCUCCUCUCACAGGUGCCCAGACGCUCUUUGCGCCGUUUUUCAAUCUGUUGAACCAAUACAACACUGUCCUCGAGAAGAGCGGCUCCAUAGCCGUUGCGACGGGCCACCGGUCCGUGGCGCGCCGCCUCCUCGAUCGCCUGGAGAAUGUUUUCUCCCGUGAACUGCCACCCCACGGUUGCAGCUGCGUGGUGUGCGAUACGGGAACGGACUUGCACACAGGCCUGGGUUGGGGUGAGGUGCUCGAAUGGGUCAGCGGCCGCAUUGACCUUCCCCAGUGGCCACCGUUCGAUUUGGCCGAUCUAGGCGUGAAGGCCGCCGAGAUGUCUGCGGACCUGCCUCCUCGGCCUGAUUCACCCAUCAAAAUGGAUCCGGACAUUGCAGAGGAGUUCCGCGAGCACUACCUCCGACAGUCGAAGAAGGUUCGCGGGGCUGUCGACAAGUGGCUCAACAAGUGCGGCGACAACCACGCGCCGCCGCCGCAAGAGGUCGAUGACGAAACCCUCACAUUUGCGAUCCUGACAAACAUGGACCCCGAGGACCGGCCUUAUUUCAACGCCAUCCUGUCGGGCUCUCGGGAAGUUCAGCCCUCUCUUCGGUCUCCUACUCCGAUGCGAAGGCCACGCUCCGACUUUAUCAUCAAGGCCGGCCUGUCCCUCCAGAGGCUGUACAGACUGCAGCAGGCGCCACGUGAUGCCGAGACGGCUUCAUACCUGAUCAAGAACCCAGAGACCCACGACCUCCUCGUGUCCUUGUCCGACAUCAACACAUCCGAAUGGGAGAUUCUCACCUCUGGCAGGUUUGAUGGAUUCCUCUGGUCGGGAGCGGAUUCGGACGAUGUCCCUACUCCCACGGGCGAGUCGCGUGGCGCUACACCCGCCAGUGGGUAUUUCCCUUCCCGGGGACCGACACCCAACCUGCGAGCGACGCCGGGACUCCCAGGGUCUCGAAACACGACGCCCUUCUCCGGCGUAUAUUCGCGCGGCGCGACGCCUGCCUCGUUUGUCAGCACCUCAACAUCGGCACAGACACGGCAGGCGGUGUCCCGAGACGAGGAGAUGGAGCUGGCAGCACUGGCAGAGGCAGAGCGGGAGAUUUACCAGGGCAUGGAAGUUCUGGAAGACGCCUUUGAGGCACUGCACGAGCGGGCUGAGAUUGUUCGCACGGCGCUGCGCAACCGAGGCGCCGGUCUCAUGCUCAACCUGCAGCAUCGUAGACGGAUCGACGUGUUGCCCAACCAGCCCAACUCGGGUAACUCGCAAAACUCGGGAUACGAACGGCCGGCGUGGGCGACAGGCAGCGAGCUCGAUGCUGUCAGCGACAGCGAGUGGGGUGGUGAGGAUUUCGAGCUGAUGCCGGACGAUUCGGCCAGCAACAUCAGCAGCUCGCGACACCGACGGCCCAAGAGGCGCACCGAGCGACGGACACCUGCGCCCAUCGAGGAGGACGACGAAGAAAACUGA